AUGAGUAUAGAUUUAAAUCAAUUAAUCAAAACAAUAAGAGAAAGAGAUAUCAGAAAAGUAUUAAAUGAUUACAAAGAUAGAAAUGAAUUGAUCAAUGAUCUAUUCGAUGUUUUGAAUUCAAAUUUCACUAAAAAACAAGUCGUUGAAGAUUGUUUCUUUGUUUUAAAUCAAAUAGAUUCACAAGAGAUUUGGAAUGAUUUAACAUUGACAACAAAGAUUGAAUUACAAUCGAAAUCAUUAGAUCUUCUUGAAUUGGAGUGUAAUUAUAAUAUAAAUACAAUCAUCAUUGAAUUCAUCAAGAAUCUUUAUCAUAAUCAUUGUAAUGAAAUAGGACCACACUUUGAAUUCCUCAUUCACUACUUUAUCAAUGUUCUCGAUAUCACCAAUGAAGAACUUCAACAACUCUCAGAGGCAGAAUUAAACCAACAUGUUGAAAUCAUUAAAUUGACUCUUACUUUUAUUAAAAUACUCUCCAACAAAGAGCCAAUACAUGCUUACACCGGGCAGAUUGUCACUCAGCUUUUCAAAUUGAUCGAUUUCGAUUCAUUUGAAAUCAAAGAAGAAUCAACUCGGUUGCUUUAUCGAUUAUUUAAAAGGACAAUUACAUAUCAUGGUGGAUUCACUGAUUUAGAUAGCAAAGAGACACUAAACAAAACAAAAGAAUACAUCCAAACACUACGUCAAUCUAUUAUUAAUAAACUCCAAAAGUCAAUUUAG